AUGCAUCCAUUUUCUGUACUGACACUCGGAAUCUUUGUAGCUGGCUACAUCACUGCGAGGUGGGACUUGGUUACUCGCCUAUACGAAUUAGCGAUCUUUGCGUGGGAUCACGGUGUCGUUACUCGAACCGCCAAGGGAUUCGUACUGCUCUCGGCUAUACUCUUCAUUAUCAUCAUACCACUCAAUUGUCUUGCAUCUAAAGAAAUCGAUCUACAUCCCCGUGUUGUUCAGCAAGCGAGUUUGAGCUGGUUUAUUUGGAAGGAUGACAAUAUGAUAAUUGGCGAUGGCUUGCUGCGUGUCUUUUGGCCGAAUGAUAUACCGCGCUCAUCAUCCCCCGGUGUUAUUAUCGGCUGGCGUAAUUCGGAAUUGGAUCUCUUCGUCAUAACUGUUUUGGAAGAUGUGGAGCCUAAAAGUGUUGAUAAUGCGCUGCGAACGGGCAUCUUGUAUCGCAAUUGCCCUCAUCCGAUCGCCCAACUAUUCGUUCUCUGCGGAAAAUCGGCGAUGCAUGUUUUAGGCUCAACCAAUCCAACUGAGCCACCAACAACUUUCGAUGCCAGCCAUCUUUCAGUAACUACCAAACCCUCGCAUAAGGUACCCCGAGUGUUCUGUCCGCCGGAAACAAAUAUCUCGGUUCAAGUGAUCCUGUUCAACCGACCUCACCCGACCCGCAUGCAGUAUAUGUCAUUGGAGCCAAUAUCUUUGGCUUUAGCAGAUAAACAAAUGAAUGAUGGAAAGGGUGUUUCUUUUACUCCGAUAGAUGCGGACGAAGAGCAGGAGAAAGCUCGAUCAAGGAAAUUGAUCGAGAAAUUGAAGUGGCAUACGGUCGUCCGCCAUGUCCCAUCCCAGAAGGAAGUCGCGCUGCCUAUUAUUUUGAAUCAAGUGAACUGCGCAUUUGAGGUUGGACAGCUCAUCGGGAAGAAUAGCCGACUGAUUGGAACACGCGGAAAGAGAAGUAUGAGUGUCAGCGAACGUGUCGUGGAAUCUGCUACAACAAUUUGGGACUUUUUCGUUGAUAUGUUCUGGCAAUGGCUCUGGCCGGUUCUUACACGAUGUUUUGUUUUUGGUUUAGUCUGUCAUCGGGCAGUUGCUGAAUUGGUGCUGCGUCUACUUGAAUGGCGAGCCCGUCCCGAUGCUGCAGCUCUCAAGGAUAUAUCCGCUACAGCGCAGCAGGUCGAUAUUCGGUUACAGCAAUUUUGCUACUGGCCCAUUCAGUACGUCAAACUUCGGCAAAGAAAAGACAAUUGGGAGAGUGUUACAACCAGUCACCCAGAUUACAUUCGCUUUUACAACUCACUCUGGCUUGUAGCCAACGACGUUAUUAUCGGCAUUGCUCUGGGCUCUUAUAUCAUCGACAACGCGCAAUGGGUGGCCAGUCAAAUAGACUAUUUAAUCACAGACUGGACAGUCGAAGGUUUACAACGCACCAUAUCCUGGCUAAUGGGAUGGCCAGCCGGCUUGAAGCUGAAUAAUGAAUUAGCUGCAUUCCUGGGUGACCUCUUCCUCUGGGUCAUUGAACAUUGGGCCGCCUGUAUUGCUAACCUACAACCAUACUUACCACACUUAAUAUACAUUAUUGGAUGCUCGAGUUUUGCCGGUGCCAGCAUGCCAAUUGCUCUAUUCUCCGAUUUACUGUCAAUAAUCACCAUCCACAUCUAUUCGUUCUACAUAGCAUCGGCUCGAAUAUUUAAUUGGCAACUUAGCAUUAUAAUAUCUCUUUUUCACCUCUUCCGGGGGAAGAAGCGGAACGUUCUUCGCAAUCGAAUCGAUUCCUGCGAUUACGAUCUCGAUCAGCUUCUGCUAGGGACUAUUUUGUUCACUGUGCUAUUCUUCCUUCUUCCGACCGUCAUUGUCUUUUAUAUCGCAUUUGCAUCGGCGCGGAUGCUGAUUAUUUCACUGAAAGCAGCGCUGGAUACGUGGUUAGCAUUUUUGAAUCACUUUCCUCUGUUCGCACUAAUGCUGCGCGCUAAGGAUCCAGGGCGUUUGCCUGGGGGCAUUUACUUCUCACUGCGGGAAGAAGUUAUCAAGCCGUCAUCCAAAGAGAAAGGUGCAGAAGCCAUCAGAAUAUCCUACAUCCAUCUUGAGUCGACCCCCCUCUCUCUCCGCGCCAUGUUCGACCAAUACUUUCAACUCGGCCAUCGCCUCCGCAAACACUACCUCUCACCCAGUGUCAUUCUAUGCCUCGUCACUGGCCGUUUCGUACCUCCAAUCCAUCGCCGUAACCUCUACAGUAUGCAAUACAGCAUGCUUCCUGCCCACCGUGCGGGCAUGUUUGAAGUCUGGAAACGACUGACGGAGAAGAAGAGUGUGUCAACUAGCUCUAGUGGUAGCCGAGGUAUGAAUGGCGGUAUCGGGAAUGGGCUUGUUAAAGUCCCGUCUAAUUAUAUGUCUAAUGGCGGUGGUCGCCGGAGCCAUCGGUGACAACUGUAAUGUAUUAAUUAUGGGACAUACGGUAUACGUUAUAGAUAUCCUUUAUCCUCUUCUGCAUGGUCUAAGGUCACUCUGAGUCUGAAUUGGUGUAUUAGAUUGUACGG